AUGACCAGCAGCAGCAGCCGCCUCAGAGUUCUGCAGCCUUUUGGGUUCCGGGAGUUGAGAGAUCACUAGGGCUGAGGCGGUGGUAUAGGUCCUACCUCACAGCCGAAUUGUGGCACCAUGCUCACCCUCAUCAAUAAACUUCUGGACUGGUUCAAGUCGCUGUUUUGGAAGGAAGAAAUGGAGCUCACCCUGGUGGGACUGCAGUACUCUGGGAAGACAACAUUCGUCAACGUCAUAGCGUCUGGCCAGUUUACAGAAGACAUGAUUCCAACAGUCGGCUUCAAUAUGCGAAAAGUAACCAAAGGAAACGUUACGAUCAAGGUUUGGGACAUUGGAGGACAACCAAGAUUUCGUAGCAUGUGGGAACGUUACUGUAGAGGUGUUAAUGCAGUUGUGUAUAUGGUUGAUGCAGCAGACUUGGAUAAAGUGGAAGCAUCUAAAUAUGAACUGCACAACUUACUAGACAAGCCACAGUUGCAUGGAAUCCCUGUUUUAGUACUUGGAAACAAGAGAGAUCUUCCAAAUGCAUUGGAUGAAAAACAGCUCAUUGAAAAACUUAACCUUUCUGCUAUUCAAGACCGAGAAAUCUGUUGCUAUUCCAUUUCCUGUAAAGAAAAGGAUAACAUCGACAUAACACUGCAGUGGCUUAUUCAGCAUUCCAAGUCAAGACACUAUUAAGAAUGCACAGUCGAAUCUCCUUUCCCAGUCUCAUUCGAUCCUGCCUAUUAUAUGCUGGCAGUAAAGGGAAUGAAGGAAGUCACUAUUCAGAUUCACAUUUUUUUUGAAGCCAUUCAUGCCAACUGCCAGUUUUGAUUUCUUUUGUUUCUCAAUAGGAAAUCAGAAGUUUGGUGGUAUAACUUUUAAAACUGUAUUUCAAGACCUUUAUAUUGCAUCCCAAAGUAAAGCGCAUAUGAGGUUCCCCUAUAUGGUUAUCUUUCUGUGAAAAGGUCUUGUGCGGUACAGACUUUUUUUUUGUUUUGUUUUUUUUCUCAUUGCAAAAAAAAAUCCACCUAAUUACUUUUGAGUGGAUUUGAAUAAUAUAUAAUUUUCCUUUUGCUGUACAAACCAAUUAGAAGUAUAUUCCAGCCUGCUCAUUACUAUAUACCAAAUCUACUUUUUAAAAUUGUGUUAACAUCAUAGUAAGGUAA